GAGAUCCAGUCAACUUAUGGCGUAUGUGAUUGGAUAAAACAGACACACCUCCAACAUACGAGGUCAAGGACGAAAAUGGCAACUAAGGGCUGUAGUUGUAUUCGAUUUUAUCGAGGGUUUUCUACUCGUGUAGGAAAUAUUUUGAACCCUCGUAAUGGCAGUUUUGUACGACAACCUAGGCGCUACCUCAAGACUCAGGAUGGUAAAAGAGUGGACUUCGGCUUCCUCUUUGACAUUGAUGGCGUCAUUGUUCGAGGUAAACAGGUGUUACCUCAGGCACGUGAUGCAAUGCGACUAUUGGUCAGUGAGCAGAGGAAGUUUAAAGUACCAGUCCUGUUCGUUACAAAUGCUGGCAACACCUUGAGGCAGGGAAAGGCAGAGGCUCUGUCAAAUUGGCUAGAUCUGGAGGUCACAGCAGAUCAGGUUGUGAUGUCCCAUAGUCCACUUCGGAUGUUCAAACAGUUCCACAAUAAACAUGUGCUUGUGUCAGGCCAGGGGAAAAUCGAGGAGAUCGCCGCAGGACUGGGGUUUACCAACAUUACAACGAUCGAUACACUGCGGCAAUGUUUCCCGCACUUGGAUAUGGUAGAUCACAAUCGAAGAAAACCAGGGCCUUGUGCCUUUGAAGAGUAUUUCCCGAAAAUUGAAGCUGUAAUUUUAUUCGGAGAACCAGUACGAUGGGAAACAAAUCUUCAGCUGAUUAUAGACGUGUUGAUGACGGACGGGAAACCAUUCACCGCGCUUCAGGAGACGCCAUACCCUCAUAUUCCAGUCCUUGGCUGUAACAUGGAUCUACUGUGGAUGUCGGAAGCUUGCAUGCCAAGAUUUGGGCAUGGCUGUUUUCUUCACAGUUUAGAAAGCUUAUAUCAGAAAAUCUCUGGUCGGGAGUUGAAGUACACAGCGCUAGUCGGCAAACCAAGUGAACUGACGUACCAUCAUGCCGACUAUCUCCUCAACCAGCAAGCUCUAGACUUGAACAUGGAUGGCAUUAAAACAAUCUACUGUAUAGGUGACAACCCAGAAUCUGACAUCUACGGAGCCAACCUGUAUAACAAGUACUUACAGAAACGAGUCCAUCGUGUCAAGAAACCGAUCCAACAAAUAAUUGGUUCACAGGCAAUAGAGCUGGACGAUUCGGAUUCUGAAUUUGAAUCUGAUAUUCCAGCUGAGCUUAGCGGAAUGUAUGCCGAUAUGUGUAAAUCGAUUUUAGUAUGCACGGGUAUAUACUGCUCAUCAAGAGACUAUGUGACGUACGGACGACCGCGUACAUCCAACCACAAUCACAGAGACUUUGUGCUUGACCCAGUUUUGACUCAACCACGUUAUGUGACUCAAAAUGUGUUUGAGGCUGUGAAACUUGUGUUUGAAAAAGAACGCGUCGCAGGCUGGGCUAGUUGAUGACAGCUUUAACACAUAGUCUCUAAGCUCUCUGUGUUAUUAUCAGAUAAUCUCGAUGUUUUUAAUGGCUUUUUUAAGAGACUUGCAUGUUGUGGUAUUACUGAAUAGACCAAAAAAUUACGGGGAUGAUUUAAAUUGAAAAUCAAAUGUUAGAUAGAUGAUGAUUAAGUAUGUGAGAGAAUAGAUUCUUAUUUAUAAGUGCCAUUAUAUCUGAAUUUGAGCAAAAUUUACUUUUAGUAACAACCAGCAUUGAUAAUUAAUCUGUUUUAUUAAAAAACUCAAAAAAGCUUUGUUUGAAUUCAUUAUCUGCACGUAAUCAAGGGAUUGGUAAACAAGUUAAUUUGCAAAUGCUUUCAUUCUGGUAAUUUUAAACAGAAAAAUACAUAUAAAUACAGUCAACUAAAGGCAUAUAAAAUAAAAACAAAACAUAUCUUUAUUAUAAAAUAAAAAGAGCUUAGCCACAUGCAUCAGAUUUAAUUUGUUAUACUUGUACUCUCAUCCUGGUUUGUUUUUUUAUUUAUUUUCGUUGAAAGUGCUUAUAUUUGUUUUUCUGCACUUAAUGAGCGAAACCAGAACAGAUCUUCCUUACGUAGUUGAUGUUUUGGUUGUGAGGUUAUUUGUUUUGCAACUUUUAAGACAUGUUCGGUUUAAGAGACAAGCUCUUAAAAAUGCAAAUGACAUGAAGUACAUCUUACCUGUCACGUCUCCAUUUAUUGCAAUGACAAAUGGUUUCCUUUUGAAUUUUGUGCAAACAUUUAUUUUCCUUAUGCAUGGAUUGAGAAAUUAAAAGUACUUCUAAUUGUCUUAACAUUUACGAUGUCAUUCACAAGAAUGUUUUUGUGUCCGGUUUAAGAAGCCAAUCCAUGCAUACUUUGCAUGUUACUUGAUGAAUGAAUAAUUUCUGUUAUCCAUUAAAACAUACAUAUGAAUUGUAUGCUAUCACUUUAUUAUUAAUCAAAGUUAAAUCUAGAUUUGUUCAGGUAAUUUUUUUAAAUGAUGUCGAACUGUCCUGAUAUAAACAUUGAUUUAGAGUGAUUUUCUGAUCACAUGACUACCUGGACAAAUGAAUGCUCAUCCAUAGUUUAGUUUAGUGCACGUGGACUUGGGUUCAAUAUAUUCUUUUGUUAACUUAAGUAGGUAUUUAUUGAGAGUGUAAUCUGAAUUAGCAUUAUAUAAAUUAGUUGACAGUAUUACUAUGUUAUGGCAAAAACAAGUGAAAGGUUAUAGUUAACCUUAUUCUUGUAUAACGUAACCUUUAAAUGUUAUAUGUCUUUUAACAGAAAUUAUCCAUAUACAAUUCAUUAAAAAUCAAGCCUUUGAAUUCAAGUGUUCAGAUUUUUUAAUCUUAAUUUGUUGUUGAACAAUAACAAUGAUAGGAUCAACAGCUUACUGAUUACCUAGUAAUAAAGUUGCAUAGAAGGAACCACACGUAACAUUCUACCUUUGAGGAAUCUCAUCAUAGAUAUUACUUUCAUUAAAGAAUCAUUUAUACAUUACCUGUUAUAUAAACCUGUCAAAUUCACAAGAAUGUCAGUCUGCUUAGGUUUAUGUUAUGUAUGAAUUUAAGUAGUUCAUAAAGUAACUCUUGUGCAUUUUAAAAAAAAAAUGAUAUUAAUACAUAAUUUUUUAUGUUUGUAGUACAAAGAUUUAUUGUUUUAUUGUGUUUAUAAGUUAUAACUUAUAUAUAUAAAGUUGCAUAUAAGUUAAGAUUGAAAUAUUGUUUGGUUUCGUUUACAUAUUCACUGUGUGGGAAGGGACACCGGAUAUAGCUCAAAAAGUGAUAAGUAAACAGACAAUUAUGCAGUUGUUUUAAUUUACCAGAGGUAAGAUCUUGCUGUGUUAACGCAUAUCUACCGUAUCCACAAUAGACAAUAGAGCAAGUGUUUGAACUAAUAGAUGAAUGCUAAAUUUGGCCUAUGGUAUACUUUAAGUGCUUACGAUUUAGCAGACCUCGUAAAAUGUUUCUUCAAAUCUGAGAUGAUCACCUCAAAACUUACUGAAUUUCGACAAAUAUUGUUAUUUUUAGGAAAUAUAUCAAAUAAAUAAAAAAUCUGAAUCAAAGGAUUUCACAAGAAUAAGCUCAACUAUUUUUAUUGUAAGAAAUGGCAAUGUAAAUUUUAAACUUCUAAAGAUAUGCCCUUAGAAAUGUUCACAGUACUGUACUGGGGAUAGCCGUACUGUACUGGGGAUAGUUUCAAAGUUGAGAAAUAUGUGUCCUGGUGAUAACAUGUAAAAUGGGACAAAAAUUGAUAGUAACACUGUUAAUAUACAUUAUACAUGUAUAUGUCUAUUUCGAACUUUCAAAUAAUCAGCAAAAAGUGAGAGUACAAUUUGAUAAGAAAUUAUUGAGCAAACUUAACAUGAGUUUGGUCCAUGCUCUCCUAAAUGAACGUAUAUAUGCAAGCUUCCUAAAUAUCAAGGUUGGUCACAAUACAUUCUUUAUCACUGAAGUGAACGAGCAGAGACCAUUAUUCUGUUCUAAGUAAUACCAAGAUCGACCCAAGCUUAGAAAAAAGCUUUAUGUGUUCCAAAUUUGAUCGCAAUAUCUCAUUCCCUACUGGUGACUUUCUGUUUGCAAAAACGUACCUACUUGAAAGCAAUAUUAUAUAUAUGAAUAGCAAACACCACAUACAUUCUACGGUCAUAUGUUUUGUGUUACUCAAUAAAUCAAAUUACCGGCGUAUUUCAAAUAUUUAGAUAUUGAUGCUUGUGAAAAACACAUCAUGGUUGACUAAUAUGUAUGAAUGAAACAGUUUUAAGUGCAUACAGAUACAAAGAACAACAACAUGUUUUUGCUCUCAUCCCUCGAUAUGGACAACCUCGAACAAUUUCCAUCGAGCUCGCGUAUAGAUUAUUUGCUUCAUCUAUCCCCAGUAAACUGCCAGGGCAUCCAAAGUUAUGAAUAUUUCCGUAACAGCAAAAGAUAUUAUAUUGAUAUUUUACACAUUACUAGAUUAUAAAAUUACAAUGAAAUCGCUCGAUUCAGUUUUUAUUCUUAUUUUCAAUUUGUUGAUUUAUGUUUGAAAUCGUACCACAUAAUUGAACAUUUGUGAGCGAUCAUUCAACUUUCGGCAAGAAUUGCGCUAUUAUACAAAAGAGGAGACACAUUUCCAUCAUAGUCGUAUAUUGCACAGUAUCAAGUAAUUCAAAACUCUUCGAUUUUGUUAAAUAUAUCACAAUAAAAUACAAAAAUAUGAUAGAAAACUGUCCAUGUGUCAAAAUCAAACGCUUAUCGAUUGGUCACUUUUUGAGCUAUAUCCUGUGUCCAUUCCCACACAGUGCAUAUUAUACAUGUAUCUAUACCCUACAGCAGAACAUGAUACACACUUUUUUAACUGCACAAAGAAAUGGGUUACUACUCUUAUGACAAUAGGAACGUUGCUUUGGUUCAGAUACCAGUGCCAAAAAAUUAUAAUUAUGCUCUUGUAAAUAUGUACCUUGGAUCAAUCAGGGCUUCUAAAUGUUUGGAACCUCAAUCAGUCCGGACCCGACAACAUCCCUCCCCCCAUCAAAUUCUGCAGUGUUUCCAACAAGGAACGCUGCGAUCAUAAUUAAUUAAAUGCGGCCUUCAGUCACAUGAUCAAUACUUACCUGAUAAUCUUAACUAAAAGAAAAGUCCAUUUUCAUAAUACUUAAGGUAAAUGAAAAUAUACAGCUUGUCGUCUGCAACAUAACUCUUAUAUAGUUUUCAUCCUACUGUUUCAAAUGUAACGGUAUGGAACAUCAUUAUCUAAUUAUUGGUCACAUACUUGGCUGAUGGUUAGAAAUUUGUUUAUUAAACAAAGUUCUAACCAUCAGCCAAGUAUGUGACCAAUAAUGUUUAAGUUAACAACGUAACUGUUUUUAACUACAAUGUUGUUAUAUUUCAAACUAUGUUUUGCUCUUAAACUUUCAUGGUCAGAUCUGUGAUCUGCAGUACUUCUAGUACAGUUUGAGACAAUUGUUUCAGCUGUACAUGUUUUAUUAAAAUAUAUAUAAGCAUAUCAUAAAUUACUCCACAUAUUACAGUUAACAAUGAUGUUGUUAACAAAGUUAUUGAUUUUAACAAAGUUCUGAACAAUUUGCCAACUGUUUGGAUCAGGUUGGAAUAUAUAUAUAUUGUAUUUUGUAUCAUGUUAAAAGAUAAGUCAAAUAUAAAGAAACACGCAUGUAUACAUAUAUAUAUAUAUGUGUGAAUCAUUUUACACACAUGAGAAUGUGUAUGUUACAUUGUAUUAGUACUAGUGUAUGUGAACAUAUACAUAUGAAUUAUUUUACACACAUUAGUGUGUUAGGUACAGUGUAUUUGUAAUCAAAUAUUAGUAUACGUGUAUGUGAACAGAUACAUAUACUUUUUCUUACACCCAUCUGUAUGCAUUAGUUACACUGUAUUUUGUAAUCACACAAAUAUAUUGUGUGGUCCAUGUCCAGUAACAAUCAGCAUUAGAAUUAUCACACUCAUUUCAUUUUUCGAUCUUCAUGAUCUCUUAUCGGCCUUGGCUGAAACAUUAAUAUCAUCAUGUCUAGCAUAAAUUUCCAUUCAGAGAUAUAUUUUAUGAUAAUUUGUUAUAAUUUCAUCACUUGUGUUUAGUUUUGAUCAUAACACAUGUUAUGAUUUUUAUGAGCAUUUUUUUACCAUAAUGAAUAUUUUGUGUAUCGUUAUUGUUGGGGAAAAAUCUUUUUUCCCUUGAAUACACAAUGUUAUGUUAUAAGUUAAUGAUUUUUAUUGAAUUCAGUGCUAAUUUGUCUACUAUAAAUUAUUGUUUUUAAAACUAAGAUAUUGUCCUGAAUUGCAAUAUAGCCUUUUUUGCCAAGUAUGGGUCUGUAUUUCAUUAUAUUAUUUGAUAUAUUUUGUUGUAUUCAUGAAAAGAAGUGAUACUAAAAAUAUACGAAUUUUUUCAAAGUUUAACCAGUUUUGUGCAGUAAACUUCACACAAACAAUCUAUUACUUUUUGGGGCAAUAAGAGAGUCAGAAACAAUGUAUAAAUUUUAUUGCACUUGUUAACGCUUGAAAUAUGAUCAAGUAUUUUCAAUGACAGAAUGAUAAAUUAUGUCAUAACAUUUCAUUUACCCUUGAAAUUAAACAGGGCUUAUGCCUUUCUCUGGUAUUGAUUAUAUGUUCCUUCCAUUAUAAUUUUGGUUAUUUAUCUGCGCUGCUACUUUUUCUUUAUCAUUCACAAUCAUUCACAACAUUCUGGAAAACUGGAAAGCUUUGAAUGUGAUAUUUUACCACAGGGUUGGAAAUAAACCAGUGAAACAUAA